CAAGAGAAGGAACUGCAGACACACAAACCAACCAAAAAAUCACUGACAAUCCCUCUCCCCCCUCCACCCCCACCCCCAAAAAAAGAAUGGUGAGCAUCCAAUCUUCCUACACGGUGACCCCUUCAGAGCCCACACCAGAAGUGAGGCUCUUCUCCCUCUGCGAACAAAUCAAGCUUCGCACCCACGCUCCUUCCUUCUACGCCUACAACCCCACUAACUUCGACAAAAUCAACAUCCACAACCUCAGAGAUGCUCUCAGCAAGGCCCUCUCCAUCUACUACCCUUUCGCGGGUAGACUCUGCGGGACGCAAGGUGGUAGAUGGGAGAUCCAUUGCAACGCUAAAGGAGCCUUGCUAAUUGAAGCUUCCUGCAAAGGGAAGACACUCGAGGAUCUUCGAGACUUUGUUCCCAACGGUUUGGUCACUCAGCUCAUUCCCAACAUCGAUUAUUCUGCUCCGCUGUCGCCAUGUGCCGCGGCGCACUCGACGGAACUGGCGGUAUGAGGUUCAUAAACACGUGGGCCAAGCUCGCCAGAGGGGAACCUCUGGAUGAAUCUGAUCAGUAUCCUUGCCAUGACCGUACGGAGCUGAACUCUCGGAAGAUGAGUACGAGUUCGGAGUUCAGUGACCAGAAUGGUCAUGACCAUUCUGAGUAUGGAACCCCACCUCCAUGGCUAGGUUCAUUAGGAACUGAAGACGCUAAAGUCGCCGUCGAAGUCAUGAAGCUCACAGGGGAGCAAGUCAAGAAGCUCAAAAUGAAAGCCACGUCUACCAACGGUAACGGUGAAAUGGCGAAACCCUUCUCGAGUUUCGAGGCCAUUGCGGGGCAUUUAUGGAAAUCUGUUAGCAAAGCAAGAUACGAAGGAAACAGUGCACAGCCAACCAGGCUAACGACUUUGGUUAACUGCAGGAACCGUCUAAUGCCGCCGCUUCCCCCGGUGUACGGCCAAAGUGAAGGGGGCGAUCGCCAAGGUGGACGACAAGUUCGUCAGAUCCGCUCUUGAAUACAUUGAUAAUGUAAAAGACAUGAACUUGAUAAGGUACAAUUUUCACUACCCUGCCAAGAGUGUUCAUAAGGGACCUUCUAAAGGGAAUCCGAACUUGUUCGUAGUGAGUUGGAUGAAUUUCUCAUAUGAGCAUGCUGAUUUUGGUUGGGGUGUACCUUAUUAUUUUGGACCUGUGUAUAUGGAUGCUGAGGGUAAAGCCUUUUGUCUCAACAAACCUAAUGGUGAUGGUAUGGUACAUGUGGCUAUCUCUUUGGACUCGGCUCACAUGCCUGCUUUCAAGAAAAUCUUCUAUGAGGACAUAUAAUAAGUUUUUUUUCUUUUUUUUGUAACUCUUUUUUUUUUUGGAAAAAAAAAAAAUCC